UCUCUGGCUGUGCAACAUUCACAGGAUCAGUGACUCUCUUCUCUUCUCUUUGCUCUCCAGCUGCCGAUUCACGAAGUCUUCUGGGCCCCCGUCCACUCUGCUGCUGACCAGCCUACUCACUUGUGCUGAGCCUUUCUGCAGGCUUUCCCCUAGCCUCUGUUGGACCCUGAGAAGUGGGAGUCAGUCCAGCUGGAGAAGAAAACCCUCUCAUGCUAACCUUGCAGACCCCAGAGGGUCCCGUGAGGGUGCUGAGAUGGCCAAUGAGAAUCACGGCAGUCCCCGGGAGGAAGCAUCCUUGCUGAGUCACUCUCCUGGUACCUCCAGUCAGAGCCAGCCCUGUUCUCCAAAGCCAGUCCGCCUGGUACAGGACCUCCCAGAGGAGCUUGUGCAUGCUGGCUGGGAGAAGUGCUGGAGCCGGAGGGAGAAUCGUCCCUACUACUUCAACAGAUUCACCAACCAGUCCCUGUGGGAGAUGCCUGUGCUGGGCCAGCACGACGUGAUUUCGGACCCUUUGGGGCUGAAUGCGACCCCACUGCCCCAAGACUCAAGCUUGGUGGAAACCCCCCCGGCUGAGAACAAGGUCAGAAAGAGGCAGCUCUCGGAAGAGCAGCCAAGCGGCAAUGGUGUGAAGAAGCCCAAGAUUGAAAUCCCUGUGACACCCACAGGCCAGUCAGUGCCUAGUUCCCCCAGCAUCCCAGGAACCCCAACCCUGAAGAUUUGGGGAGCAUCCCCUGAAGAUAAACAGCAGGCCGUUCUCCUCCGACCAACCGAGGUGUACUGGGACCUGGACAUCCAGACCAAUGCUGUCAUCAAACAUCGGGGGCCUUCAGAGGUACUACCCCCGCAUCCAGAAGUGGAGCUGCUCCGCUCUCAGCUCAUCCUGAAGCUUCGGCAGCACUACCGGGAGCUGUGCCAGCAGCGAGAAGGCAUUGAUCCUCCUCGGGAAUCUUUCAACCGCUGGAUGCUAGAGCGCAAGGUGGUAGACAAAGGGUCUGACCCCUUGUUGCCUAGCAACUGUGAACCAGUCGUGUCUCCUUCCAUGUUUCGAGAAAUCAUGAACGACAUUCCCAUCAGGUUAUCCCGAAUCAAGUUCCGGGAGGAAGCCAAGCGCCUACUUUUUAAAUACGCAGAGGCUGCCAGACGGCUUAUCGAGUCCAGGAGUGCUUCCCCUGACAGUAGGAAGGUGGUCAAGUGGAAUGUGGAAGAUACCUUCAGCUGGCUUCGGAAGGACCACUCAGCCUCCAAGGAGGACUACAUGGACCGCCUAGAGCACCUGCGGAGGCAGUGUGGUCCCCAUGUGUCAGCUGCAGCCAAGGAUUCUGUAGAAGGCAUCUGCAGUAAGAUCUAUCACAUCUCCCUGGAGUAUGUCAAACGGAUCCGAGAGAAGCACCUGGCCAUCCUCAAGGAAAACAACAUUCCAGAGGAGGUGGAAGCCCAUGAGGUGGACCCUCGUCUGGUAUACUGCUAUCCAUUGCGACUGGCUGUGCCUGCACCCCCCAUGCCCAGUGUGGAGAUGCACAUGGAGAAUAGCAUGGUCUGCAUCCGGUACAAGGGAGAAAUGGUCAAGGUCAGCCGCAACUACUUCAGCAAGCUGUGGCUCCUUUACCGCUACAGCUGCAUUGACGACUCGGUCUUUGAGAGGUUUCUGCCCCGGGUCUGGUGCCUUCUCCGACGGUACCAGAUGAUGUUUGGCGUGGGCCUCUAUGAGGGGACUGGCCUUCAGGGGUCAUUGCCUGUGCACGUCUUUGAGGCCCUCCAUCGACUCUUCGGCGUCAGCUUCGAGUGCUUCGCCUCACCUCUCAACUGUUACUUCCGCCAGUACUGUUCUGCCUUCCCUGAUACAGAUGGCUACUUCGGCUCCCGCGGGCCCUGCCUGGACUUUGCCCCACUGAGUGGUUCCUUUGAGGCCAACCCUCCAUUCUGCGAGGAGCUCAUGGAUGCUAUGGUCUCUCACUUUGAGAAACUGCUGGAGAGCUCAUUGGAGCCCCUGUCCUUCAUCAUAUUCAUCCCUGAGUGGCGGGAACCCCCCACACCAGCGCUCACCCGCAUGGAGCAGAGCCGCUUCAAACGCCACCAGCUAGUCCUGCCCGCCUUUGAGCAUGAGUACCGCAGUGGCUCUCAGCAUGUGUGCAAGAAGGAGGAAAUGCACUACAAGGCUGUCCACAACACGGCCGUGCUCUUCCUACAGAAUGACCCUGGCUUUGCCAAGUGGGGGCCGACGCCUGAGCGGCUGCAGGAGCUAAACACCGCUUACCGGCAGUCAGGCCGAAGCCAUGGCUCCAGCUCUUCCUCCUCAUCCUCUUCAGAGGCCAAGGACCGGGACUCUAGCCGCGAGCAGGGCCCUAGCCACGAGCCUCACCCAACUUAACGUACCCUGUGGGGAGGAGGAGCCCCAGGGGUGCUCUUAUGGACUGCUGGGACUCAGGCUUCUGGAGGAGGAGUGAACUCCAGGACUCUCCCCUGGGUUGGCAGCAGGACUUGGGCUGCCACUGACAUAGGAAUAUUAUGGCCCUGCCAGGGCUCCCCCUCCCUGCCUCUUUCCCCAUGUCCCACCUCAGACUCAAUGUAAGUCCUUUGUAAAUAGGCCCAGUCCCUUCCCAACCCCACACUGACCUUCUUGCCACCUUGUUUCAUUUGUAAAAGGAAAUACAUAACCCCCCCUAAGAAUGUCUUGAGGAUCUUGAGGAAGAGAAGG